AGAAGCGAACACCAGAAGCUCCUCUCCAACUUUCAGUUUUUCUCUAAACUUCCAGUCCUUCUCAUACUGUGUCCUGGUUAUAAUAGUUGCUGGGACCUUAUUCUAUUCCGAAUCUCCAGCCCCUAAAGAAGGCUUGGCACUGACGUGUACAGCGUAGUUACCGAGUGGCUUUGGGGAAGGCAGGGAGAGUGUGGAAAGGACAGGAGGAGCAUAGCAGGAGGAAGGAAGGGAGGGGCCCUGGCUCCGAGCUGCCUAGAAAGCAGCUCCAGGGAGCCAGGGCACCGUGAGCCUGGUGGUUGGCAGCUGGAGCCACGUCGGAGGGGGAAGUGUCGCAGCAUUCUCUGCAGGCAUCACAGACUUGAGGCAGUGGCCUCCGGAGGGCACAGGACAGAAACAGCUGUCCAAGUGGCUGAGUGGAGGGACCCUGCUCAAGUGCAGCUGCAGUGGCCGGGGUUUCCCUCAGACUUCUCCCCUGGGCAGGAGGUGGUGGUGGGAAAGAAGGCGGAAGAGCGAGCUUUUUGGAACUGUGCACGGGACAGAUUGGACGCACACCCCUCGGGAGGCGCGAAGAGAUGGAGUCUUCCUCUGUUGCCCAGGCUGGAGUGCAGUGGCACAAUCAUAGCUCACUGCAGCCUCUGAACUCCUGGGUCAAGUGAUCCUCCCGCCAGAUCCUCCCAAGUAGCUAGGACUACAAGGCAUGGAAAAUUUGAAGCAUAUUAUCACCCUUGGCCAGGUCAUCCACAAACGGUGUGAAGAGAUGAAAUACUGCAAGAAACAGUGCCAGCGCCUGGGCCACCGCGUCCUCGGCCUGGUCGAGUCUCUGGAGAUGCUCCAGGACCAAGGAAAGAGGAGCGUGCCCUCUGAGAAGUUAACCACAGCCACGAACCGCUUCAAGGCUGCCCUGGAGGAGGCUAAUGGGGAGAUAGAAAAGUUCAGCAAUAGAUCCAAUAUCUGCAGGUUUCUAACAGCAAGCCAGGACAAAAUACUCUUCAAGGGCGUGAACAAGAAGCUGAAUGAUGUCUGGAAGGAGCUCUCGCUGUUACUUCAGGUUGAGCAACGCAUGCCUGUUUCACGCAUAAGCCAAGGAGCGUCCUGGGCACACGAAGAUCAGCAGGAUGCAGACGAAGACAGGCGAGCCUUCCAGAUGCUAAGAAGAGAUAAUGAAAAAAUAGAAGCUUCAUUGAGACGAUUAGAAAUCAGCAUGAAAGAAAUCAAGGAAACUUUGAGGCAGUAUUUACCACCAAAAUGCAUGCAGGAGAUCCCGCAAGAGCAAAUUGAGGAAAUCAAGAAGGAGCAGCUUUCAGAAUCCCCGUGGAUUCUGCUAACGGAAAAUAAAGUCAGCACACUUUAUAAAGGAGAAUACCACAGAGCUCCAGUGGCCAUAAAAGUAUUCAACAAAGUCCAGGCUGGCAGCAUUGAAAUAGUGAGGCAGACUUUCAAUAAUGAGAUCAAAACCAUGAAGAAAUUUGAAUCUCCCAACAUCCUGCGUAUAUUUGGGAUUUGCAUUGAUGAAACAGUGACUCCGCCUCAAUUCUCCAUCGUCAUGGAGUACUGUGAACUCGGGACCCUGAGGGAGCUGUUGGAUAGGGAAAAAGACCUCACACUUGGCAAGCGCAUGGUCCUAGUCCUGGGGGCAGCCCGAGGCCUGUACCGGCUACACCAUUCAGAAGCACCUGAACUCCACAGAAAAAUCAGAAGCUCAAACUUCCUGGUAACUCAAGGCUACCAAGUGAAGCUUGCAGGAUUUGAGUUGAGGAAAACACAGACUUCCAUCAGUUUGGAAACUACAAGAGAAAAGACAGACAGAGUCAAAUCUACAGCAUAUAUCUCACCUCAGAAACUGGAAAAUAUAUAUUAUCCAUAUGAUGUAAAGUCUGAAAUAUACAGCUUUGGAAUCGUCCUCUGGGAAAUCGCCACUGGAAAGAUCCCGUUUGAAGGCUGUAAUUCUGAUGAGAUCUACAAGCUGGUGGCUGUGAAGCAGCAGCAGGAGCCGCUGGGUGAAGACUGCCCUUCAGAGCUGCGGGAGAUCAUUGAUGAGUGCCGGGCCCACGAUCCCUCUGUGCGGCCCUCUGUGGAUGAAAUCUUGAAGAAACUCUCCAUCUUUUCUAAGUAAUGUAUCAAAAUCUAAACUAAGGAGUCUCUGGACAAGAAGCUGGGAGAGGCACAAACUGGACAUCUCUCUCUCUCAUAUCCUUUGGCAUUGGGUUAUUUAUGGGUGCAAGGAGUGGGCACACUUCUCUGUUACAAAUAGAAAACAAUUCCAGUCAUACAGGACACAUUCCACUCCAAAUGAUAUUUCCAAAAACAUACCUCUGACAGUAACUUUGAUAGAUGGUUUGUCAAAUGUAUCUUUCUGGGUAUCCACACCUCUUGGCAAUGUAAUUUGCAGCUCCUCCCAUCCAUAAAUGAAGUCUCUUUCCCCACCAUUUGAAUCUGGGCUGGCACUGUGACUUGAUUUGAUCAAUAGAAUGUGGAAGAAGUGACUGUGUGCCAGUUCCAAGCCUAGGUUUCAAGAGGCCUUAUGAAUGUCUGUUGGAACCUUAUCCAGCCAUGAACGUGUUGAGUGAGCAUGCUGGAGAAUGAGAGAGCACAUGAAGCAGAAACAUGCUUUCCUAGCUGAAGUCAUACUAGACCAACCAACAUGGCAGCUAACACAUGAAUGAGGCCAAUCAAGACCAGAAGAACCACUCAAGCAGAGCCCAGCCCAAAUUGCCCAUUCACACAAUCAGGAGCUAAAUAAAUUACUGUUGUCUUAACACUAA